AUGAGCGACGGAAUACACAUGCAAAAGGCUGUAAACGCCGGUCAUAUUGAGAUCGCCCAGCAGAUCAAUAAUCUGUGUGAUGCAGAUGGGAGAAAGGACUCGUGCCUCGAAGAUCUCUACAUCACUGACCCUAUUGCCGAUAAAAAACGCAUAGAAGAUGAUAAAGGCGGUUUGCUCAAAGACUGUUACAAAUGGAUUCUGGAAAAUGACAAUUUCGCGAAAUGGCGAGACGAUCCAGAACAACAUUUACUCUGGGUCAGAGGCGACCCCGGAAAAGGCAAGACGAUGCUUUUAGCUGGGCUCAUUACAGAGUUAGAGAAAGCAUCACAGGGCGGUGUCUUUUACUUCUUCUGCCAAGCCGCACAACCUCUCCUACGAAAUGCAUCCUAUGUGCUUCGCGGUCUCAUUUGGUCUAUCGUUUGCAAGCGACCAGCUUUGAAAUCCUAUGUUCGAAGGGAAUAUGAUCAAGCUGAUUCAAGUGUUUUCACCAAUCAUAAUGCAUGGUACGCAUUGUCAGGGAUCCUUACCUCUAUUCUGGAAGAUGAGAUAUCUGCCGAUUUCAUCGUCGUCAUUGAUGCUUUGGAUGAGUGCACCGAAGGUCGCGAGAAGCUCAUUGGCUAUAUCAGCCAGUGUUCAGUAUCAUGCAAAGCCAAAUGGGUUAUCUCUAGCCGCAAUUGGCCUGACAUCGAAUCACAGCUUGAUGCCACGGAAAGUCAUGUUCGAUUGCACCUCGAACUCAACCACGCCUCGAUCUCAAAUGCUGUUCUCAAAUUUGUUGAUCGCAAGGUCACCCAGCUAAAUUCAACUUACAAUGAGUCUACUCGAACCCAGAUUCGCAAACACCUUCUUGAUAAUGCGAAUGAUACUUUCCUUUGGGUUUCUUUGGUUUGUCAAGAACUGGAAAAGCCUGGUGUCAAACAUUACCACAGCUCCAGCAUCUUACGGCGCUUCCCUGCUGGACUGAAUGAGCUAUACGAAAGGAUGAUUAGCGACAUCAAAGACAGAGACAUGGAGUGGUGUAGAGCUAUCCUGGCCGUCGUAGCUGUCGCUCUACGGCCUUUGAGUCUACAAGAGCUAGCCGCAGCCGACGAAAAACUUACUGAGUGGAUUGAAGAUAACGAUACCCUAUCGAGCCUUGUCACCUCGUGUGGCUCCCUCCUAACAAUCAGAGGAGAUAAAGUCUACACUGUCCAUCAGUCGGUCAACGAUUUCUUACCCAAGGCACCCAAGAUCUUACCAUCAGGCGUAGGGCACCAGCAUUAUUCUUUCUUCAGUUCUAGUAUGAACAUGAUGGACAAAAGACUCCAUCGGAAUCUAUAUGGACUCAAAGACAGUUGUGUUGUGGUCGAUGACAUUCCCAUUUUACCAGCUGCCCCUCUGACUAUUGCUGGAUAUGCCUGCGUCUACUGGGUUGAUCACUUCUGUGCAUGGCUCCUGGCCGAAAACCAACAUCCAAGCAGUUUGUGCUAUAGCAUGAUAAGCCAAUUCUUGGAGAAGAAGUACCUCUACUGGCUUGAGGCAAUGAGUCUAUUGCGGUGUACCUCAGAGGCAAUCAAGGCAAUGCGGAGACUGGAAGAUCAUUUGGAGAACGGAGGUCCCGACGAGCUAAAGCUUCUGGUCAAUGAUGCUGCACGUUUCGCCUUUAUGCACAGAGUCAUCGUGGAUACUGCACCACUUCAACUCUAUGACUCCGCUUUGAUAUUCACUCCCCAACUGAGCAAGAUCAAAACAUACUUUAGACAGGAAAUCAACAAAGCCAUAAAUACAUUCUCUCCUGACUUCCAACGUUGGGACGCCAGCCUUCAGACUAUUCCAGAUACAGCACAUUAUAUGUUCAACAAGUCCACGUGCGAAUUUUCACCUGAUGGUAGACAAAUUGCAACUAUAAAUAGAAAAGGUGAUAGGCUACUCUUGAUUGAUAUUUCCACUGGUGGCCUUGUCAAAUCGAUCGAAUCUCCUAGAGGUCGCCUGAAAGGAGUUACUUUCCACCCAAGUGGAGAUUCACUGGUCACAUUAUCUAUCGUCAAAGAAAAGGAACUAAAUCUUUCUUUCUUUCAUCUGCCUGACGGGAUAUUCAUCAAAUCUUUCAAAGUUAACUACCAUUCUGGGUACUUCUUUCUAUGCUACUCCCUAGAUGGGGAAUUACUUGCUUUACUGGCCAUUGAUAAGGUUAAUGUUUGGAGCCCGGCAAUGGAAACGAAAGUGAACAGCUGUUAUGACAAAGGACACAAUAUCCGAUCUGUAUUUUGGAUUAUUAUUCCUUCUUAUCCAAAGGCUCUCUUGAUUCUAGGGGAGAAGGAUAUUUCUAUUUGGGGUCUUGAUACAAGACAUCAAGUGUCCAAGCUAAUGUCGAUGACGGGCCUAGCCCAUAUCCACGCUGCCACGAUUAGCCGUGAUCGGACUUGCUGUUUAAUGGUUCACAAUUAUCGAGAGCUCGUAUUAUACUCCUGGGGUUCAUCCAUAACUGUACAGAAGAUUAUGCGACUUGAUCCGACCAGGAUGAUAUAUGAUGUAUCAUGGGUAGCUGAUGACCGUUUAAUGGCCCUUUGUGGUCUCUUUGGCAUGGAAAUAUGGGACUGGAAAGCCAAGAAACGGGUAGCACAGGUGUGUAGCUAUGCUAUCGGGAAGAUAUACAGCGGGAAAAAUGGUCAACUUGCUUCAAUGGCGUACGUAAGUGGCACUCUCAAGAUCUGGAACCUGGACGCAGUCCUGAGCUAUCCAGAACUUACCAUCCAACAAUCUACCAGCAGAGUUCGGUCUUUUAUCAUAUCGCCAAGUGGCAAGGUCGCCGUCAUCAGUGGCAACGAAGAGGGCGAAAUGUUGAGCAUCGCAGUGAAUGGAAGAUUUCACCAUCUGCCCAAGACGCUUCAGAAUUCGUCCCAGCGGUCAUAUUGGAGUACUCAGUCACUAGCAUUUGGCCACAAGGACUACUUUUCUGCCGCCACAGACCACGGUUCCAUUCAUAUUUUUAGAUUUGACCACGAGACGGGCCUCUACUAUUGCGAACGUCGGAUAUCGACCUCUGAGUCUGAACAUGUCCAUACAACUCAGUUUUGGGGACAAGAGCUGAUCAUAACUUCUGAUGGAGGCACCCAUUACUACAUCAAGUUCUGGGAUCUCAAGACAGGCAAAUGCUCGCGGAGGGUAUCCUUGCCAUGUUCAGAGUCAAGUGAAGUAUCAACCAUUACAUCCGACGGCCGAAUCGCUUACGAGACAGACCCUUCUCGUGUAGUGAUAUGGGACAUCAUGGGCGGAAAGAAAAUACAGUGUUUUGACCUAAAGGUGCUACGUCUUAGUACUGGACGUAUUUCCGACAUUUCCCUUGGCUAUAGUCUGCUUGCGAUCUGUGGACGGGGUAGAGACCAGAAUUUUAUAGCCAUUGGAAAUACUGAAGACGGUACUUGGAUUCGGAGGUACUCUGUCUCGGACUGUUUUACAACUCUGACCUUUUCAGCCCCCGAGCUACUGGACACAAGAGUUGGUGUCCUCAAAUACGACAUGGAACGUGGUAGCUCUGAAGACAUACCGACGGUGGCCGCAGAAGAUCACUGGGACCCGCGUUACAUUAGGCUAUCUUACUCAGAAUCCGAAGCCUGGCUCAUGAAGGGCUCUAGGAAGGUAUUGUGGAUUCCUCGCCAAGCCGUCCAUCUAAGACGGUUCUCUAUUCGAACAGACUUGGAGGCAGGCAAAUCAACUGUUACACUUGUGCAUGAUGAGUGUUUGUUUAUAUUAACUAUUGAGAUAGAUUCUAUAAAAUCAGUUCUUAUUUAG